AUGUCUACCCUCAGCGGGCCGUCAACGCUUGGUCGCCUCGGUAGUGAAACACACUUUAUUCCUCAUGAUGGCAUCGAUGUGCGAGCUCUCACUUUUGGACAUGAGCAACCAGGACACCAAACCUCAUCCACCCGCUACGGCUCUUCUGAGCCCAUGGAAGUCUCUCUGGUCUCACAAUCCCAGAAGCAGAAGCUAGAUCACGUCAAACCUGAACCUUUGAGUGGACAACCAUCGGACAUUGAGAGGAUUCUAGCAACCCUUUCUCCAAAAACAGUACAAACCACCCGCUCCAAAGCUGAUCUCUCCUCUGGACCGUCCCAGCUCACCCCGAUUCUGAAACCACUGCCAGUUCCAUACCUCGCAGAUCCUCAUCUGCCCUACGGCCAGGAAGAUAACACAGGGGAGUUGCGUCGACUUAAGCAAGAGCUGCUGGCUGCGAACUCAAAGAUAGCUUUGCAGGAGCAGGAGCUUGCGCAAACUCGUGUGAUAAAACAUACGCUAGACCAAGCCCUUGGUCCCCCAUCCGAGGCAGACUUCAGCAGUCGUGAGACCAGAGAACAAAACAUUGGUCCCCUGCAGAACGUUUUCAACGGACCCAACUCUGCUUUCCGUCAAUUCCAAAACUCUUGGGCUGGUCAAGACGACUCACUGUCUGACAUUUCAGACCCGUUGUCUGCAGGGUCCUACGGUGGAUCUCGCGGGCCGUGGGCCCGCCAUGAGCUUUCCCUCGAUAGGGACUACAAUGUGCCUCUUUUGGCCUCUAACAAUUCCGCAAGCCAGGAUCCUAGCCGAUUCUGGGGCUCUUCAGGUAUCUAUCCUCCGUUCACGGGACCCUCAUCUUUGCAACCUCAGAGAAUACUCUCGGGACCUUCGGCCAGUCCAUGUGGGUUCUACUCGCGACCCAUGGGUGACCAGGCGCAGUUUCUCACAAGCUCAAUUCCUGCGCCUCGUCGGUCCAACAAUCAAUGCAGCCGAGGCGGGUCUCUGUUUCCAGCCCAGUCCGCUACUUGGAUUGAUUUCUCUCCUGCGUCUUCGAGUGACCAGACCCCGAAGUCACCUCCAUCGCCGGUAAAGAGACCUCUCAGUGCCUUUCAACAUGCCGGCCUUUACCCGGUGCAUUCUUACCACCCUAGGCCAAUUGGAAGCCCUCUUUCUCCUACUGCCAGUGAGUUCACAGGCUCCAGUGCCAAUGAUAGCUCUUGGUCCACUUCCGCGAUGAGCGGUAAUUACAUCCAGACAUACGUGCCGCCGCUUGAGCCUCUCAACUACCGACGGCUCCUUGACAAGAAUGUGUCGUGUGAUUGGAAAUAUAUUGUGGAUAAGAUAGUUUGCAGUAACGACCAACAAGCUUCGAUCUUCUUGCAACAAAAACUGAAAGUUGGCACAACCGAACAGAAGUAUGAUAUCAUUGAAGCCAUAGUUCACCAAGCCUACCCACUCAUGGUCAAUCGCUUUGGAAAUUUCCUUGUUCAACGCUGCUUUGAGCAUGGAACCCCGGAGCAAGUUGUUGCCAUCGCCAAUGCAAUCAGAGGCAAUACGCUGAAUUUGAGCAUGGAUCCGUUCGGCUGCCAUGUGAUCCAAAAGGCUUUUGACUGUGUUCCAGAAGAGCAUAAAGCCGUCAUGGUGCAUGAACUUCUUCGCAGAAUCCCCGAGACAGUGAUCCAUCGUUACGCCUGUCAUGUUUGGCAAAAGCUUUUCGAGCUUCGGUGGGACGGCGAGCCUCCGCAGGUAAUGAUCAAAGUAAACGAGGCAUUACAGGGGAUGUGGCACGAGGUUGCUCUGGGAGAGACUGGAAGUUUGGUGGUUCAAAACAUCUUUGAAAAUUGUGUGGAGGAUGAAAAGCGACCGGCAAUUGAAGAAGUGCUGGCAAAGACUGAUGUACUCGCUCAUGGGCAGUUCGGAAAUUGGUGCAUUCAGCACAUCUGUGAGCAUGGUGAUCCCCAUGACAAGAGCCGUGCUGUGGAGCAUGUUCUCCACUGGGCUGUCGAUUACAGUAUGGAUCAAUUUGCGUCUAAGAUAGUAGAAAAGUGUCUCAAGAUCGGCGGGACGGAGUUUAUGGACCGGUAUCUCACUCGCGUCUGUAUCGGGCGCUCUGACCGACCUCGCAUGCCGUUAAUUGAUAUAGCGGGUGAUCAAUAUGGCAAUUAUCUUAUCCAAUGGAUUUUGAUGAAUGCUCCGUCUCACCAACGAGAGGUUGUGGCCAGUCAUAUCAGAAAACACAUGGUUUCCCUUCGUGGAUCCAAGUUCGGCUCCCGCGUGGCUAUGCUUUGCUGUAACCCGUCUCAUGCUACACGCCCAGGUCCCGGUGCCGGUAUGCACAUCGGUCGCUUCAACAACUUCAAUGAAGAGAAGUUCUCUACCACAAGCCAGUCCAGUGGUCGAUUCGGCCGUGGACAACAAUGGGGUCCCAAUUAUGCACUCAUCAAUUAA